CCGGCCAGCAUCGGCUGGCACGGAUGCUUCUUCAGCAGAGGCGGCGCCGAGAAGCCCACCGGAGCCCUGAAGAAGCCGGUCGGCUGCAAGCGCUUCCACAGUGCGUCCGGCCUCUUAUACCCUCUCUUUGUCUCUCUCUCUCUCUGCUGAUAAAGGACUGGCAGUAG